AUAACCUUCAAAUUUAUAAAUUUGUCAAAAUGAUGUCAAAUCUCAAAUCAAAACAGAAAACAAAGAUGAAUAUUGUGUAAAAUUCAAUCUGACCCAAAUUUUUAUUCAAAAGUGAAUUUACAAUGUCUUCGGAUUAUUAUAUAUUCACCAUUGUGUAUUUUCUAAUCAGUAUUUGUCUUAUUUAUCCACCCACUGAAUUUGUAACAGCUGGCUUGACCAUUCCAUCAAUUUUCUCUUCUAUUCUGGGAAGUGAACAUGAAAAAUGCAUUACUUAUCAUAUGAAAAAGUCAUGUUUGAAUUUACUCAUUUAUUCUUUGUUACCUCUUGGUUAUUUAGUAUCAUCAUAUACUUUGGAAUACACAGAAACUAUUAGCCAGCUAGCAGUAUCAGACACAUUAUUUUGGAAGCUAUUUUAUACUACAAGUCUUGUUCUACCUCUGCUGAGUUUUUAUGAGAUUUACAGUUGGACAAGGAAUGACUACAGCAAUCACCCUAUUGCUGUCAACAUAUUCAAAUUCUGCAAUGAUAACAUGCAUUGGAAAUCUGUUGCUAAUGACAUUGAAAUGGAAUACAGAAGAAUAGACAAUCUCUCAAUUCAAACUAGCCCAGUUGUUAAUAUUGUAGCAACAGAAAACUGGAUUCUGAAAAUUACACCACUUACAAUAUUUGUUGUACAUCAGAGUGAUGCCUCCUUAGUUGUAAAAGAAGCCAAUACAUACCAUAUAUCACCCAGCAGUCUAGUUCAUACACAGUUUCUAAAUAUUGAAGUGAAAUCUAGAAGACAGGGUGUUAAUCCCUUUGUGAUAAGAGUAAAUGCAGGUGACUUCAAGGAUCUAGCAGACAGAGUUUCGAGAACUAUCACUAUAAUGCCCAAUGUGAAGUUUCAUCAGUCUGUCUUAGAUCAAUUUGUAGAUGUUUUCAAAGAAACUAUAAAAUGCAAUCCUUCUUAUGGAACAAAUCAGGAACUGGAGCAGUGUAUUGGUUGCCUACAAACUAAACCAAAUGUGAAAAUCCAAAAAUUAUGUGAGGACAGUCCAGGACAAAAUAAUUGUGCCAGCUGUUAUUGUAAGCCAAUGUGGUGUAGUGACUGUUUGGCCAAAUGGUUUGCCUCACGUCAGGACCAGGAACAACAAAAUAGAUGGUUGUCUUCAAAGUGUACUUGUCCAAUGUGCAGAGCAACCUUUUGCUUGUUGGAUGUCUGUUUGGUAAAUGAGUUAUCAGAUGAAGAAUGAAGAAAUUGUUGAAAAUAUUCACAAAUGUUAUAAAUAAAAGUGAAAAAAAAAUCCUACAUAUUUUUUUUUAUAUUUUGGUAUUUUGUAUGGUACUAUUAUUUUGUUUUGUUCUUUGAUGAAAUAUUAUUUCUCUUGGUAUAUGCUGUUAUAAAAUAUAAUAUAUGGUUUUAAAAAAUGUUAUGAUCCAAGAUGAUGUUCAAUGUUCAUUUCAUAUUAACUUCACAGAGCAACAUGCUACUUUUUGAAUAAAUUCAGGUCAAAUUGCACUUUUCAGGAACCCCCACAUAUUAUGUUUGUUAGUUAUCUUUAAAUUUACACCAUUAAUUUUCAAUGGAACACUCUGUUUUGUAUAUUUAUUAGGCAUUAGAUGUGGGCUCUCCAAAAUUAUGGAAAUUUUCUAAAAAUUGUUAUUCAUGUCCAAUUAAUAGAAAAUGUUUGGAACAGAGAGCAAAAUGUCCAAAACAUGGCCUUAUAUUCUUGUGACUUAUUUUCUAUCAUUUUAUCUGUAUUGACCUGUAGCUAUAAAUACUUUAUGUUGUAUUGUAACAAUGUGUAGUUCCAAUCUCUUUAUACAAAUUUGUCAGUAAGAUUUCAUCUUGGACAAUAGGUAAUAGGUGGCGUGCAAGAACUGUCAGAUGACCGACCCUGGAGGCAAAACAUAUUUGUUUACAAGUGAUCGAAAUAGUUUUCCACAAUCAUUUUGGCAUAUGAAUUGUAUUUUUCCGCUAUUCAUCAAUUCGCUCAUGUACGAAGGCGCUGAAGGGCCACCUAUACUAUUUUUUUUCG